AUGGAAUCCCACGCUCAAACGGCAGAGUCGUCUCAUAAACGGCCUCGGUCUCCCACCGCCGAUCAUGGCAUGUCGUCGAAGGUGCCUAAGACGCACUCGAACCACCUACAGAUUAACUACCUGGCACGACAAUACCCUGACAACCUACCGCUCGUCUCCGUCGAUGAUACCAUGCCCGCGAUCAUCCAUCUGCUCGGCGAAUACGACGGCGUUUUACACCGCCACGAGAGCAUCGCCGGAAAUCUGGGCGCAUGCCCGCUUGGUCCGAUCUUGAUCAAACGCUUCGAGCGCCUGUUCGACGGACCCCCGCAAGUGUUGAAAUCCCAUGGCAAAGACGGACCUACGGUGACUUGGCUCGAUGUCGUCGAAUUUGCGAAGAAUAAGCCCGAGCAGUUCAAUCUGGAGAAGUCGCGCAACGGCGUGCGAGUCUGCCAGUUCUAUACCAAGCAGUGUCGCGUGGAGAUCAGCGAGGAGGAUUUCGUUUUGAUUGCUUCCGGCAUGCCGCAGAAGAUGAUCCCACCCCAGCCUAUCAUCGAGGAUGAGGAAAAGGAGCUGGGCGCGCUGGAGAUUCUUGAGAAGAACUUGCAACAUAUAAUUCAGAUGGCCGAUCAAGGUAAGCAAUUCACUAUAUACAUAUAUCAGCUUAAGAGCCGUUCGCUGACAAUAUUUGUAAUCGCCGCAAUGCUAUUAUCACCCGACGAGAGAACGACGCUUCUCUACAUUCCCAAUCCCGAAAUGUCACCGAAAUCUGGCGCGAUGCCAACGGUCAUGGCCCAGGAAACGGCCAUACAUCAUCUCAUCCUUCUCCGUCUGGUUUCGUCGCUGUCAACGCUCAACGUCCUGAAGGCGAGCACACAGAGGAGAACCCCCCUAGCCUCCCAAUUCAUGUUCUCACAAUCCAACACCGAUAAUGUCACCAUGAUCAACGGGCAAUCGAUCAAAGGUGCCUCCCCGACAACCCGUGCGGAUUUGAUGAAAAGGUUCUUCACAACGGCUGAUCGCCACGCCCGCGGCUACGACGACGCAACAGCCCCAGUCAAUCCCCAACCACUCUCCCGGCCCCGUGCCUCCGACCCAGCAGACUACAGCCUCUACAACCCCGCGACGGCAACCACAGUCGCCAUCCCAAGCACCCCAUCAUCCCUCCUCCCGCCACCAAAAUCAAUUCAUCAAGAAAAAGACGACGGAGGCCCCUACAAGCUAGAAAUGGUAGCCCGCAUGGAAGAGCUCCAGCGCGGUGAACGUGUAAUCCCACCCUGCGACCGCUGCCGCCGCCUCCACAUGGACUGCCUUAAGAAUCUCACAGCCUGCGUUGGUUGCACGAAGAAACACGCCAAGUGCUCCUGGCGCGACGUCAAAGAAGAAGAAAUCACAGCAAUGCGGGCGGGGAACACCACAUCAACGGUAUCCCACGAGCGCUCCGACAAAGACCGCACCAGCGCCAACCUUACCCCACCUCAGUUCGAGGUCCCCACAUACUACUAUCAGCACCGACGCGAGUCCGCCCCUUCAGCCCCGAACCUGGCUCCUGGGUCUACAGUUCCGAUGGAGCUCCCUUCAAAUGAUAAUUCCCCGCGACGGGCAGUGAGCGAGACAGAGAAAAGGGACCGCCCUCAUAUCCCUGCCGGUCGUGUCUUGGAUCGCCCGGAGGAUGAGGAUCCCGAUGCCAAUCAGCGGCUCAGACAGGCUAUUUUGGAUACAGUGGAUCAUCACACACGGGUCGCUGCGGCUGUGCAGGAGAGGGAGCGUGGUGUGGAGCGUGGAGAGCACCCAGGUGCGGGCAGUGGUGGGGGUGCUCUUCCUGCACCGGGUUCAGCUCCUGUUUCUGGAGGUGGCUAUGACCGAGAACGUGAGCGGGAGGCUGAUCGUGAUCGUGAUCGGCGUAUGGUGCAUGCGUAA